GAAUAAGACCUUCGCUGAGUUCGUUAACAAAACUCGACUAACCCAGCCCUUGAUCAACUUGUGCGUGAUUGUGUACAUGGAUGAUAUUUUGGUCUUUUCAAAAACACACGAGUACCACGUGGAACACAUCGAGUGGGUUUUGCAUGCACUGAAAGAUGCGGAGUUCAAAGUGGCCCUGAAGAAAAGCGAGUUCUUAUUGUUAGAGAUCUCAUUCUUGGGGUACAUCGUCACGGUCGAUGGACUAAAACCGGAUCCGAGGAAGGUGGCAGCGGUUCAAGAAGCCCCGACGCCGGUCACACUCAUCCAGGCUCGGGCUUUUCUAGGGCUGGCAUCCUAUUACCGACGCUUCAUCAAGGGGUUCGCCGGUGUAGCGAAACCCCUAACGAACCUAGUGAAGAAAGAGGGGCAACUGAUCUGGACGCCGGAAUGCGAAGCGGUGUUUCAUGCGUUGAAGGAGGCUCUGACAUCUUCUCCUGUGCUGGCGCGUCCCGAUCCGACAAGACCGUUCGCACUGUACACAGACAGGCAGCCUCAGGCGAUAUCGGCGGUACUGACUCAGCACGGGGUGGACGGAAGGGAACACGUCAUUGAGUAUGCGUCCAAGACGCUGAGCCAAGCGCAGGCUAAUUACGAAGCGUGCAAAGGUGAAUGCAUGGCGGUGGUGUGGGGGAUCCAGCAUUUCCGACCGUAUCUUUACGGCCAGAAAUUCGUGCAGGUAACGGAUCAUCAGCCGCUGCUGUCCCUACGCAACAACACGGACUACACGGGGACGCUGGGCAGGUGGGCGGUGCGUCUGCAAGACUAUGACUUCGACAUCCGCCACCGUGCCACGCGGCAGCAUGGCAACGCCGAUGGAUUGACGCGCCUCAUGCGGCCCAACAAGUGUCCCGCCAACGAGCGACUCAUUCCGUGGAGCGAGGAAGAGGAAAUCCAGCCACGAUUGCGGACGGCGACGGCCCCGCGGAGAACGUACAACGCGGUCAUCAUCCCGGAUUUCAUUGCGCAGCGCGCGGAGAGGUUGGAAGACUUCCCGGAGGAAAAGCCGUUGCGGCCUCCCUCGUCGUAUCCCCGACCGGCGCCACCCAAGGCCCCGAAGAAGACGCCGAAGAGGAGGAGACGCCAUCCGUCGCCAGGAGCGCAAGGCAGCAGAAUCAGUGGUGGCGAGGAGGUGAUUCAGCCCGCCCGUACGCGAAGUCUUGACCCCGCGCCUGGGAGUGUGGCGACGCUCAUUAAGGCAAGUGUUGUGCCAUCGCCGCCCUUCCCGCGUGUGCCCGAUCUCAAUCUUGAUGGAGCCGGGCCAUCAGCAGCAGCAGCAGUCCAGGGAGGAAGCCGAAUGGGAAUACCGGAUCCCAUAUCCAGACCCCCCGUCCUCGCGGGACCUCUCCGCUCCCGCCAGCCACCCCGGGUUGCCCCGGUCAUUGACAUUAGCAGCGCGGUUGCGCCUCUACCAAUGACCUCCUCCUCCUCCUCCUCCUCCUCCUCCUCCUCCUGCUUCUCCUCCUCUUCUUCUGCCUUGAUGGGAAGAAAGAGAGCGGGCGUCGCUCUUCUAUCACACCAAUCAUGGCUUGGCACGGCAGUGCUGUUCCUCUUUCUUGCUGCGGACAGUUGUCACAGUGCCUUUGCGAAGUAUCCUGCGGGAGUCAAGUCAUCGCUACCUGAGGAGUCCAAUGGCGUCAAGGACGGGCGGCACAGGUUCUACUGCUUCCGCGGGUUCAAGAGGUGCAUGAGCGGCAUCGAGCAGUGUAUCAAGCCGGAGCAAGAGUGCGACGGCGUGGAGGACUGCGCUGACGGGUCGGAUGAGGGUAUAGAUAGAUGCAAGUCCUUUGACUGCGUGGCUACGCACAGGUACACGUGUCCGAGUGGGAGGAUAUGUAUGAACAGGUCGUUAAGCAGUGGUGUGUGGCGACAUGCUGUCUACGCGGAUGCGUACACUCGUUCUCUGUGCGACGGUGUGAAGGACUGUGCGGACGGAUCAGAUGAGGACCCCCAGUUCUGCGCGUCGUACGACUGCAACACGGACGUGCCGCACACGCCGCUGCGAACCGGUCCGCCUGCCCGAGGUUACGUACCUACUGUGCGACGACGACGCUGCCCGGGCGGCAAGGGCGGGUGUUUAACCCAGGCGCAGCUGUGCGACGGCGUUGUCGAUUGUGUCGCCGAUGGCGGAAGCGACGAGAACGACGAGUACUGCAAGACGCGCGGAUGCUCCCCUUCUACUUGGUACUCCUUGUUUCAAUGCUUGAGCGGCAGGUGCAUCAAAAGCCAGCUUGUGUGUGACGGUACCAAGGAUUGCCCCGAAGGCGAUGACGAAGGGAAGUUCUGCGAGAAGAUGGACUGUCCGUCCGAUCGGGUCAAGUGUGCGGGCGGGGGAAACCGGACGUGCAUUCUGGGGAGUCAGGUGUGCGACGGAGUGGAAGACUGCCCGGCGGGGACGGACGAAAAGCAGUGCGGCUGCACUUCUUUCAAGCUGUGCGACGGUGUGAAGGAGUGCAGGGACGGGUCCGACGAGGACCCCAGCCUCUGUCGCACAUACAACUGCUCUGACGGGGAGGUCAAAUGCAAGGACGGCGUCACUUGCGUCAGCCAAAGAUCUCUCUGCGAUGGAGCGAAGGACUGCCCGGACAAAUCGGACGAAGAUCCUGCCUUCUGCCGCAAGCAGCACGACUGCUCAUCAGCAGCAGCAGCUAUGGUGAAGUGCCCGGGGUCGGAGUACGUGUGGUGUACGUACGCCAUCAGCCUGUGCAACGGCGGUGCGGGGGACUGCUACGGGGAAGAGGACGAGAAGCCGGAGUUUUGCAAUUCCGACAAAGCACGCAACCAGCUGGCUGCGGUCGGGCGCAUCAGUUGCCAUCGUAACAUGACCCAGUUUAUUCCUGGGCGUUAUUGCGACGGGAAACGGGACUGCCCUAAUGGGAGUGACGAGAGGCAUGGGUUCUGCAAGCGGUACAAAUGCCCCGAAGGCCAAGUGAAGUGCUAUGGCAAGUGGUGUGUCACCGGACGCCGGUGCGACGGCGAACGCGACUGCCCGGACGGCUCAGACGAGAAUGGCUGCAGCACCUAGGCGAGUGACGCAAGGAAAUCGA